CCCGUCAGGUCAUCAGUCGUUGGCCAGCGAUCGCCGGUGCAGCAACAACCAAAAAUGGAUGUCGAACGUGUCCUCGAAAAGUGUGGGAACUUUGGUCGCUACCAGAUCGUGCUCCUGGGACUCUAUGGAUAUACGAAUAUAGUGUCUUCGUUGCAUUACUUUUCACAGACAAUCAUCAGUUUUACGCCCGCUCACAGAUGCUCUCUUCCCGUUGAAGACUUCUCGGAGAAUGCCACUUCUCUGGUAGAUUCUUGCAGCUAUAUCCAUUGGGACCCGGAUCUUUCCUUCCAUCGGGAGUCCAGAUGCCAGUCGUGGCAUUUCGACAAAGAAAGCGGCUACGAGAGCAUCACCACAGAGCUCGAGUGGGUCUGCGACGAUGCCUACCAGCUGGCCGUGGGUCAGUCUUUCUUCUUUGUGGGCUCUGUGCUAGGAACGAUCUUCUUUGGAUAUCUGGCCGAUCGGAUCGGACGUCUGCCAGCCUGUGUGAUAACCACGCUGACUGGUGCCCUGGGAGACUUUCUCACGUCCUUUGUGAGCUCUCUGCCCUGGUUUUCCGCCACUCGUUUCAUGUCGGGCCUCUCCACAGACACCCAAUAUGUGUUGAUGUAUAUUUUGGUCUUUGAGUACCUCAGUCCUAAGCAUCGGACCUUUGGCCUGAACAUCAUUCUGGCCGUCUUCUACUGCUUUGGCCUGAUGAUCUCCCCCUGGAUGGCCAUUUGGUUGGGCAAUUGGCGUUUGUACCUCUGGGCUGCAUCCCUUCCCGCCUUGGGGGUGCUCGUGUAUCCCUUUUGCCUCUUUGAGAGCGUCGAGUGGCUGCUGACGAAGCACAAAUUCGACAGAGCUGUCCAUUGCUUGAAACGUAUUGCCAAAUUCAAUGGCCGACAUGUGGAGGACUCCGUUUUCGAUGAAUUCGUGAAGCACUACCGCGAGAAAAUGAACCGAGUGGAGACCACAUCCUCGGACACUUUUAUGGGGAUGCUAAGGACGCCCCGAUUGAGGAAGUUCACGAUCAUAUUGUUCCUCAAAUCAAUGAUCAUCACGGUGGCCUUCGAUAUCCUCAGUCGCAAUGUGGAGGGCGUUGGCACGUCCCCCUUCCUGCUCUUCUCCUACACGGGCUUCUGCUACCUUCCGGCAGGACUCACCAUCAUCUUCUUCCAGAACAUCAUCGGACGCAAGGGCAUGGCCUGUGCCUCGCUCUUUGUGGGUGCCAUCAUCACAGCGGCCACAGGCUACCUCGUAGCCACACUCGAUCCUUCGGAGUAUGCCCUGAUCCUGGCCUUCAUGGUGGGUCUCGGGCGAUAUGGCGCUGUCGUGGCCUAUGAUGCGGAGGCCCAGUACGCGGCGGAGAUCAUUCCGACGAGUGUCCGGGGACGAGGUGUGGCCAACAUCCACGUGGUGGGAUAUGCAUUUGGAUUCUUCAGCUCGUAUAUUAUUUUCCUCGGUACCAUUUUCAAGCCACUGCCAUCGCUGUUCAUCAGUGUUUUGCUUUUUAUUGGGGCUGCACUGUGCCUCACGCUGCCAGAGACUCUGCACAAGACCCUCCCGCAGACACUUCAAGAAGGCGAGAUGUUUGCCAAGGAUGAGAAAUGGUACUUCUUUCCCUGCUUUCAGCGAAGAGAAAGCCAGCACAAAACCGAAUCUCAGUUGGAGGCUGCCAAUAACGUCUCAACCAAACAGAUUAAAUAAUUAUCUAAAUAAACAAAAUAUAUAUACAAGAAA